AUGGCAGCAUUAAAUAAGUUAACAAAACCGAGGAGAAAAAAACGAAUACACCAACCAGAAUCCAGUCCAUUUCCUGUCCCUAUAGAAUCAAUUGAUGGUAAGCCAGCUAGCGAUGACCAUUGGUAUUACUAUACAGGGAACUUGGUUGAUAACUGUGUGUUAGUUACCAAUCCUGGUGAUAUCGCAUUUAUUUAUAAAAUGGGUUUCUUUGGGAAAGGAAUGUUCUCGCGUAGUAAGCCGGAACAUAAAAGAUUUAUUUCUUCUUAUCAAGGAACUGUCAGGAAAAACUUGCCUCCAAAUGAGAGAAGAUUUCAACAACAAAGGUUUCAACAGGUCAGAAAACGAAGGUAUAUGAGACAUCUGGAGUGGUAUAAAGAGUAUAAAGAACAUUUUCCCCUUGAUUUCCGUGGUGAGAAUGAUACAGAUCCUACCCAAUCAACAAGUUUUGAGCCCAAGUACAUGUGCAGUGAUGAAAAUGAUGGACCAACUGCAAAAAAGAUGAAACUAUUUGACAUCAGCACAGGAAAUGAUGAUGAUGAUGGUGCGACACAAACUGAUGAUGUCACAGUAAAAACUGAUGCAGCGAGGACAUGCUCUUCUGUUUUUAAUAAUGAUGUCACAACUGGGUAUGAUGAUGACACUGCAGGAUACAAUAAUGUCACUCCAAGAAAUGAUGAUGUCACUGCAAGAAUUGAUGAUGUCACUGUAGGAAAUGAUGAUGUCACUACUAUGGAAGAUAUUGUCACUACAAGUGACAAAACAGUUAAUAAACUAGAUGAUGUUCCAACAGAAAGUAAAAAUAUUAGUUUUAGGGAUGACAAAAUAGAAAAAUCAGAAUUUAUUGAACAUGACAAAAUAGAAUGUGCAGAAAGAGAAUUAAUGGAAGAUAAAACAAGCAACCAUUUACAUAAACACGAUGACAUUCCCUGUAAUGCAAAAAAUAAAUGCUCAGAUAAUGAUGAUGUCAUUUUGUGCACACAAUGUGAUGAUGUCACCAAGGAUGACUAUAAAAUGGAGAGUUCAGAUGAACGCACAGAAUGCACUCAAUUGUGUGAUGUCAGAAAUGAAUCUGCUAGAAUUGAUAGUACGCAGAUGAGCAUGGAAAGCAGUGAUAUUGUGGAGUCGUCUGAUGAAGCUGAUGAAGAAGAGAUGCCACAAACAACAAUUCCAUCAACAGUGAAAGAUGACAGCCAUGGAAAUAUAAAGCAUAAAAAUAGAAAAUCGAUAAAAAAAGAUGAUCCGUAUCAAGUUUUUGAGUAUUUACAACUUAGUCUAGAAGAGGCUUUCUUCUUGUCCUAUGGGUUAGGCUGUCUGACGGUUCUGGAUAAAGACAAGAAUUCUUUAAAUCUAAGUGAUAUGUGGUUGAGAUAUUGUGCAAUUAAUCCGCGAUUCAUUUCUUCCUAUGCUGUGUAUCAUUACAUACGAAGCAAAGGUUGGGUUCCAAAAACGGGCAUUAAAUUUGGUUCUGAUUACAUUGUUUACAAACAAGGACCUCCAUUCUACCACUCCACCUACUCUGUGUUAAUAUCAAUGGUUGACGAAGACACCCUCCUCUCCUGUGAAGAUGAACAGCGCCCUCUAACCUGGCCAGUUAUCUGUGGAAUGAGCAGGGUCACGGAGCAUGCUGCUAAGGAGAUUAUGUUCUGUCAUGUCAUCAAGCCAUCUGAUAUGACGGCUGAGGAAAUGAAGUCACCAAGAUGUCUGGAGAGACUCAAAGUUCAAGAAACUGUGAUGAGACGCUGGGUAUCUGCCAAAGAGCGUAUGGAUAAGGGUUCCUAUUCUGUGAUUUCAUAAUUUUAUUCCAAGGUUGUAAUAAAAAAAUAUUUAAA